GACGUUGUCUGGCUCUAAACGUAUGAACCAGAAAACAAAGGCCUUUAGAUAGUUCCGUGUGCAAACCCUGAUUUAUAUGCAACAAUCCUCUCUCUACCUGAUCAAAAAACGAAUGCUUUUUCAUCUUCUACCCAGUUUCUGAUUUCGAAGAAGCCCUAAUUAAUGAUCAUGGACUGCUCGUGCAGUACUCGCCCUUCGUCUCUGCUCAUCUCUUCUAAACCGUCUUUUCGCUUCCCUCGCUCUAAUCCCGCAUCGAAUCUCAGCUUACUGAUACCGAAAGAUACGAAGUUGGUGAAGCAGCGUCUGGUAGUGAGGAGUUCUUCUUCUGGGUCUUCGGAAAACGGCGAUGUUAGUGGGUUUCCUCUCAAGCCAAACAAACUCUUUAUGCAAGAGGCGAUUGGAGCUGAGUAUGGAGAAGGGUUUGAAACUUUUAGACAGGAUGGUCCUCUUAAAGUGGAUGUGGAUUUCUGGAAUGAGAAACUGCAAGAUGGUUUUCUUCAAAGAAUACGUUACGCAAUGAAACCAGAUGAAGCCUAUGGACUUAUUUUCUCAUGGGACAAUGUCGUGGCUGAUACUCGAAGUUUGAAGUUGGAUGCUUGGAAGCAGCUAUCUACCGAAGAAGGAAAAGAAAUUGUAGAGGAAGAUGACAUCCAAAGACUGAUGCUUUAUGCCGGCGCUGACCAUGUGCUGAGUAAGGUGCUGUUUUGGGAAACUACGCAAAGCAAAAUCGACAGAUUGAAACUCAGGCUAUCAGAAAUAUACUACGAAAAUCUUCUCAGACUCACGGAACCAAAAGAAGGACUUAGAGAUUGGCUCGACGCUGUCACAACUGCUCGCAUUCCCUGUGCCGUUGUCUCAAAUCUUGAUCGAAGAAACAUGAUCAAUGCUCUUGAAAGGAUGGGACUUCAAAAGUAUUUCCAGGCAGUAGUUUCCGAGGAAGAUGGUAUGGAAUCAAUAGCUCAUAGAUUUCUUUCCGCAGCUGUGAAGUUGGAUAGAAAACCUUCGAAAUGUGUUGUGUUCGAGGAUGAUCCUAGGGGUAUAACUGCUGCUCACAAUUGUACUAUGAUGGCUGUUGGAUUAAUCGGUGCUCAUCGAGCGUAUGAUCUGGUUCAGGCUGAUCUUGCUGUUGGAAACUUUUUUGAGCUCUCGGUGAUAAACCUCAGAAGAUUAUUUGCGAACAAAGGUUCUACAUUUAUGGAUCACGAGAAACAAAUCAUUGAAAAAUCGCCGCCCAAAAGAAAGCUUACCAUUGAUACCAUAUUCUAAAGGCAUUGGAUCGUGGCAUAUAUAGUAGUUAGGUUAGGUUCGUUACCUCUUAAGUUCUUUUUGUUGUGUUUUUUUUUUUGGUCAACGUUAUUGUGGUUUUAUAUACAGUAAAACCUCUAUAUGUGAAAAAAUAUUAUUUUAUAGAGAUGUUAAUUAUUGAUA